GGCGGACGCGGCCCGGCCAACGCACGGCCAGCGGGACAGCAGCCAGCGACGUCAGUCGGCAACCUCCAUGUCGCGCCAUGUGAACGGCGCCGGCCGGACGGAGGGCCCGAGCUCAGAGUCGGCCUCCCUGGUGCGGCACGCCACCAACCCGUUCAUGUCGUACACGGAGAGCAACGCGGCGCCGGCCGAGGCGGACUCGGCUGCCGCCGGCGCCGGCGCCGGCGCCACCACCGACCCAAGCGCCGCGCCGCUGGCAGACGCAGCCGAGCUCGACACAGAGGACAGUGUGCUCAGCCAGUUUCACGAGGACGCCAUCCAACAGGCCGGAGUGGGUUUGUUCCAGUUCAUGCUGUUUCUGGUGCUCGGCCUGAGCUUAGCGGCGGACACCAUUGAGCUGUUCGUUGUGGCGUACGUCAUACCUAGUGCGGAAGUGGAGCUGUGUAUGACGAGCAUUCAGAAAGGAUGGCUGGGCGCCAUCACGUUCGUCGGCAUGAUGAUCGGUGCCAUCAUCUGGGGCGUGCUCUCCGACGCUAUGGGACGGCGGCGCACGCUGGUCUGGGCGCUCACCGUCAACGUCAUCUUCGGCAUCGUCACUGUCUUUAUGCCCACCUACGGCACGUUCAUGCUGUCGCGACUCUGCAGCGGGGUGGGCAUCGGGGGCUCGAUUCCCAUCGUGUUUGCCUACUUCUGCGAGUUUCUGACCAAGGCGCGCCGUGGCAAGUAUCUGAGCUGGCUGCUCGUCUUCUGGUCGAUCGGCGGCGUGUUCGUGGCAUUCGCGGCCUGGGUCAUCAUCCCACGCACAGGUGUGAUGGUGGUGAUCGAGGAGCGCGCGCACUUCUCGUCGUGGCGGGUCUUCUUGUUGGUCUGCAACCUGCCGUCGAUCCUGGCGCUGCUCGGACUCACGUUCAUGCCCGAGUCGCCCCGUUUUCUGCUGGAGGCUGGGCGCGAGAUCGAGGCCAUGCGCGUGUACCAGCGCAUCUACAAGUGGAACCACUCGGACCCGUGCGCUCAGUACGCUCUGACGGAGCUGGAGCUGCCGAAGCAGCGCGGGUACCGGGACGCGGAGCGCGCUCCCUCCAAAACUAUCAUGGCCGGCCUGGUCACCGCCCUGGACAAGUUUUGGAGCAGACUGUCGCAGCUGCUGCUGCCGUCCCACCGCUCCACCACCCUGGUGCUGCUCUUCGUCUGGUUCAUGGCGGCCUUCGGAUACUAUGGACUUUCCAUCUGGUUCCCCGAGUUCAUCAAGAUGAUCAAAUCGCGCGAUUACUCAACAAAGGCGACCUUCGUCAUCGAUGCCCAGUACGAACAUAACUACUUUAACUACACCAUAUCCAACACCAAGUACAUUAACUCCACCUUCUCCCGAUGCAAGUGGUCGAAUGCCAUUCUCAACCACGUUGACUUCAUCAACUGCGACAUCCGCGAGUCCGUCUUCACCGACGUCAAGUCGUCUCGCACCAACUUCAUCAACUCUACCCUCAUUGCCAACCGUUUCGUCGACACGGAUAUCUAUGAGUACCGCUUCAAGAACUGCACGCUGCUGAACAAUAGCUUCCAGGCGAUGGUGCCCGGCUGCAAGCUGGACUUCGACUACAAUCUGCACUACGUCGAUGUGUUCCAAGAGAACCUGAUUGGUCAGAUCUCACUGUUGCCAGGCAGCUUCAUCGCAUCGUACCUGUUGGAUAAGGUCGGCAGGGCAAAGAUGAUCGCCGUCUCUAUGCUGAUAUCAUCGGGGGCCGGCUUCUUCAUGUGGUUCUUGCAGACCAAGAUCGGGGUGAUUGUGUUCGAGGCUGCUUUCAAUAUGGUGUUCAUCAGUGGCUGGAAUGCUCUCGACGUGCUCACCACUGAGGUGUAUCCCACCAACUUGAGGACGACCGGCUACGGCUUCAUCUCGUCCGUGUCACGUGUGGCCGGCGUCAUCGGUACGCUGACGUUUGGCCAGUUUAUCGAAGUCAACCUGGCCAUCCCAAUGCUGACCACGGUGGCUGUGCUGGCCAUGGGCGGUCUGGCCGCCCUCAGACUGCCCGAGACCAAGGACGUGCUGGUCUGAAGGCGCUCCGGCCAGCGAGCGUCACGGAGCGCCGCCAGACCGCAGCGUGGCGACCCCGGCCGCGCCCGGUCACGUCCCCCGUCGAUGUGCGACCCUCAGUGGGACCGGCCCGGUCCCGCCUCAGGAAUGGUCACGUCCCUCGUCGAUGUGUGACCCUCAGUGGGACCGGUCCGGUCCCGCCGGAGAAAUGGUCACGUUCCCCGUCGGUGUGUGACCCUCAGUGGGACCGGUCCGGUCCCGCCGGAGGGAUGGUCACGUUCCCCGUCGGCGUGUGACCCCCAGUGGGACCGGUCCGGUCCCGCCGGAGGGAUGGUCACGUUCCCCGUCGGCGUGUGACCCCCAGUGGGACCGGUCCGGUCCCGCCGGAGGGAUGGUCACGUUCCCCGUCGGUGUGUGACCCCCAGUGGGACCGGUCCGGUCCCGCCGGAGGGAUGGUCACGUUCCCCGUCGGCGUGUGACCCCCAGUGGGACCGGUCCGGUCCCGCCGGAGGGAUGGUCACGUUCCCCGUCGGCGUGUGACCCCCAGUGGGACCGGUCCGGUCCCGCCGGAGGGAUGGUCACGUUCCCCGUCGGUGUGUGACCCUCAGUGGGACCGGUCCGGUCCCGCCGGGCCGGUUUCACUGGUCGGUCGGCGGCGCGGCCUAGUCCGCGCCUUGGAGCAGUCGGCCUGGUUGUGCGCGACGCUCACGACUCUGUGCAGGCCGGAGAGUGGCGGCGCCCAUUUCCAGCCCGGUCAACUCGUCGCUGUUGUCUUUGCUUGUCUGAUGUUACGAUGCGUCGGUGUUGUGAGGAGUAGGGCGGACCUUGCUAAACCCGCCCGCCGACGCGUGCCGGAACUGAGUUGAUCAUCUGGCUGGUCAAGGCGCUAUAAGCAGAGUCAGUCGGAAUGCAGCACUAUGGCUCGCGAGAGCGGCUGACGUGCAACGAUUGAAGCUAUGUGUGCUGCCCUGCUUAACGUUUGGGCCUUGUGCCUGCUCUGCAAAGCUGUCUGUUGCUGCCGUGAACUAUGGCCCCGAUCUCCAACUAUCAGGUGUUUCAAUGGUCGUUGUUAUUUUGAUCCAUUUAAUGUUGUGACAUAGUUGAAUACAUUUACACUCACUGA